AAUCACGCCAAAACACACGCUUUGCUCCACUUCGGGCGGCGUGACCCAUGGCGCGUGCAUGGCCGAAGACCUCCCGGCGCAUGGCCUUCGCCGCAGUGUCCGCGGCCACGGCGUCGUUGGCCGCGGCGUCCCUGGUCACCGCGCCGCGGCCGAGGGCGGUGGUGCCAUUGCUGGGAGGGAUGCUUGGGGUGCAAAGAGGUUUGUUGCGCGUUUUGAGGGCCGACCGCUGCAAGCACAACGAAUGUUGCCAAGACGGAAGAACAUCAAAAAGAAGAUAGAGAUAGCACCGCCCAGCCUUGAAAUCCACCACGCCAGCCGAUCAACUUUCAGGAAGAGACCCAUAUGGCUAAGGAACAGGGCUUGGCAUGGACCUUUGCAGGACUGUUUGGUUUUUGUUUCCUCUACAAACCCAGGGAUGUUCAGCUUCGUCUCUUCUGAACUCUGCCGACCCCAGAGGGGUCUUUGUCUACCCCCCAGACAGGUCAUGUCGAAUUCACUUGGACCUCUCAGGAGUGCCGCGUGGCAUUUCCAGAGCUGGCGCGCCAUCACGGACCAGGUGCGCGGAGGCGUGUCCACCGCCCGGCUGGUGGCCGCGGAGAGCGGCGACGACCCACGCGCCAGGUUUGAGGGCACCUUGGACCCGUCGAAGCUGAACGCCGGAUUCGCUGGGGUGAACUUGGAUGUCAGUCUGCUUCCAGAGAAGAUCUCAGAGCUCUCGGGUUUGCAAGUCGAUGUCUUCGAGACAGACGGCCGGGAGUACAGCUUGCUGGUGAAGUUGAAGGGUGCUGAGAGUGGAUCUUCCUACCAGGU